AUGCACAAAGCUGUAUUCGUGAAGCCGGUUAAUACUAUCAAUGAUUUAUGUUUGAAAGUAAAAGAAGCAUAUAUCGAAAACAAAAUACCUAUACCAUAUCCAGCUGCAAAUAAACAACUACAAUUGCGAUUAACACAAUUCGUUUCUAAAGGUCUAUCCGAUGAACAGUCAAGUUUACCGUUUGACAAGGUAAAUUCUAAACGAGUAUAUACUUUGGAAAAACAUGAUAACAUUGUUCAAUUGAUGAUGUUUGUUAAAGAAAAUGAUCAAACAAAAAAAUUGAUUGUAUUAACAGUUGAUGAUGAAAUUCAGUUAGUUGUUUCGUCUUUCAUGGAAGUGUAUGAACGAACGGGUUUUCUUGAAUCGACACCUAAGUGCCAUAAACGAUUAGAUAAUACUUAUUUAAUUUCAAACAAAAGAAUUCGUAUUAUUCAACGAACACUAGGAAAAUUUAUUGCUUUAUCAUAUAAUGAUGAAAACAAAGAUGUUUCUACUACAAAUUCAGCACCAGAAAUUGAUAGUAAUGACACAAAUGAAAAUGAAGAUUGUAAUGAUACAGCUGUUGCUGAUGUAGAUAAUCAACAACUAAACAGAAAUGUUCCCAAUACUGUUUUGCAAAGUACUGAAAAUAUUUUGACACCAUCUUCAUCAAAAACAACUGUCAUGACACGUUCAAGAUCUAAAUUGGACAAAAAUCAGAAUGGUCAAUCAAUAGAACGGUAA